GAAGAAGACGUGUUGUUGUUAGUGGAAAAAUGGCGUCGUCCAUGGGCGGUAUGUUCCCCGGUCAGCAGCCUCCUGGGUCUCAUCCACCUACGGGUCCUGGGGGCCCAGGUCAGCCAGGACUUCUCACGGGUCCUCCUGGGAACAGAGGGGCAAACAACACUUUAGUAGAUGAGCUGGAAGCUUCUUUCGAGGCGUGUUUUGCAUCACUUGUCAGUCAAGACUAUGUGAAUGGAACAGACCAGGAAGAAAUUAGGACUGGGGUUGACCAGUGUAUACAGAAGUUUCUGGAUGUAGCCAGACAGACUGAAUGUUUCUUCCUUCAGAAAAGACUGCAGCUAUCGGUACAGAAACCUGAACAAGUGGAAAAAGAGGACGCAUCAGAAUUGAAGAAUGAACUCCAGAGGAAAGAAAUGCUGAUUCAGAAACAUCUCACCAAGAUCCAUCAUUGGCAGCAGGUGUUGGAAGACAUCAACGUCCAGCAUAAGAAGCCCACAGAACUGCCUCAGGGUCCACUGGCCUUCCUGGAACAGGCCUCAGCCAACAUUCCUGCACCCAUGAAACCAAACUAAACCAUGUCCAGAGAUUCAGAACCCUGUCCAGACUGUGUUUCAGGGGCCACACUCGCUCUCUGCGCAAAUCAAAUUGUGCAAGAAGCCUUUGUUGUGGACUCUGUUAGUGAUAUUUUUGUCAUCCGUGGUGUUUCCAAAGGUGCUAAAGGAUGUUAUUGUCUCUCCUCUCAUGAGGAUCUUGUAGGUCUGCUAGAAGGUCAUUCUGAUGAACUCGAGGGUCUCUGACAUUUAAUCAUGAGCCUACUCAAAACUGAAUUUGCUAUAAAAUUGAUGGCAAGUUAAUUACAUUUUUAAUAUAACAAGCACAGAUGUUUGUACCACAAAGCUAAAAUGACCACAAAGAGCUUUAGUUGGAGAGAAUUGAGAUACUUUUCCCCCCAUUGUUUUUAUUUUAUUAAAAUAUCUUUUGUAAAGUUUAAAAUGAAGCAUGUUUUUUUCUUUACUGAAAAUUUUACAUUACAUCUUACACUGUAUUUUCUCCCUUCAUAACAUGCUGUAUCAAUAUAAGCAACGUUUUUCAGUUCACA